CGACAGACGAGACAUAAUUCUUGGAUUGGUGAAUCCGAAGCGGCUAAAUUAUUCCGGUCAGCAAUUUUCUCGGUUACGACCGGUUCAAACGAUCUAAUCAACAAUUAUUUCACCCCGGUGGUGUCAACCGUUGAACGGAAAGUCACAUCUCCCGAAGUCUUCGUGGAUACAAUGAUCUCAAGAUUCCGAUUACAACUCACCAGAUUGUACCAAUUUGGUGCGAGGAAAAUCGUGGUGAUUAAUAUUGGUCCCAUUGGUUGUAUACCGUUCGAGAGAGAAACUGAUCCAACGGCUGGAGAUGAAUGUUCGGUUGAACCAAAUGAAGUGGCACAAAUGUAUAAUAUCAAGCUUAAAACCCUAGUAGAGGAUUUAAACAAGAAUCUACAAGGUUCAAGAUUCGUCUACGCUGAUGUUUUUCGCAUUGUUUAUGAUAUCCUACAAAAUUAUUCAUCUUACGGUUUUGAAAGUGAGAAGAUUCCGUGUUGUUCAUUACUUGGAAAAGUAGGUGGGCUUAUUCCAUGUGGUCCAUCUUCAAAAGUAUGUAUGGAUCGUUCCAAAUAUGUGUUUUGGGAUCCUUACCAUCCUACCGAAGCUGCUAACGUCAUCAUUGCUCGGCGUCUACUCUCUGGCGACACCUCUGAUAUAUUUCCAAUCAAUAUCUGGCAACUUGCUAACCUCAAGAUAAAUGCAUGAACCGUAAUAAAGAAAACCUCAUCUAUAUAGGGUUGGGCCGGUCUGCUAUUGGCAUUUGCAUUUUGAUCUAGUUAAGUUUGCUUCUUUUUUUUUUGUCUUAUGAUACAUUUUUAUGCUUAUGAUAUAUGUGUAAUCUCUUGAAAGGUUUAGUGUAGCUGGCUUUCGAAUGUUGAGACAUUAUAUUUCUUAGUAUUUUUUGGUUAGGUUUAUAUAUCUAACCAAUGAUAGAAAUUAAAUAUAUCCAACAUUCUUAUGUUCUUUUGAAAAGCAUUUUAACUAUAGU